CCUGGCGGUCAUCUUCCCCGUGUUUGACCCAAACGGGCUGCCGUAGCAACCUGCUUUUAGAUUAGCCAUCGAUGUCGUCGACGGCGGACUAUUCUCUAUUUUUACUUUGUAACACGCGGUUGUCUCUAUUAGCAUAUAUCAAUUUAUAGUUAAAUAUUGACACAUUUAUCUUUAAAACAACUCCGGGGUAUCAGAAGGCAGCAUUAGGCGUUGACGACGCACCAGCCCGCUUGAGCUAAUUCUGUUAGCAUCGUUAGCAACAACAAGAUGUCGUACCGGAAAAGUUUCCAACUUCUUUGCGGUUUUGCCGGCGGUUCUGCCACUUUGGCGCUGGCGGCGGCCGUGGCUGAUUCCCGAGGUUACUUCGGGGAGAGGUCGAGGCUGUCCGUGCUGGACGCUGCGCAGCCGGCGUGGACACCGGCGGGCAUCACGCCUGUCCAGACUGGACACUCCUGGGACUUUAACUGGGACAAGAGAGACCCGUCUGCACUGACCAACGGCAAGAAGAAAGAGAGUGUCACUGAAGACCCCAGCUCAGAGCAGGACAACGGCAAAUCAAAAGCGACGCGCAACAUCCUCCUUAUCAGACACUCUCAGUACAACCUGAGCGGGAGCAGCGACAAAGAGCGCAUCCUCACGCCCUUAGGUCGAGAGCAGGCUGAGUUAACAGGCCUUCGAUUGGCAGCGUUGGGAUUGAAAUACGACGUCCUGGUCCACUCCAGCAUGGCCAGAGCCACGGAGACGGCGCACAUCAUCAGCAAACACCUUCCAGACGUGGAGCUGCAGAGCUGUGACUUGCUGCGCGAAGGAGCGCCCAUUGAGCCGGUUCCGCCUGUCACCCACUGGAAGCCCGACGCUGUGCAGUACCAUGAGGACGGAGCACGCAUCGAGGCAGCCUUCCGCCGCUACAUCCACCGCGCCAACCCCAAGCAGAAGGAGGACAGCUACGAGAUCAUCGUGUGUCACGCCAACGUCAUCCGAUAUUUUGUCUGCAGGGCCCUGCAGUUUCCGCCUGAGGGCUGGCUCCGUAUGGGCUUGAACAACGGCAGCAUCACCUGGCUCACCAUCCGCCCCAGCGGCCGCGUGGCGCUAAGAACUUUGGGGGACGCCGGAUUCAUGCCGCCGGACAAACUAACACGGACCUGAUUGGCCCACGGCCCCCAGCUCAGUUUUCUCCGUAAGUGUCUUUGUCGUUGUCAUACAUCUGUUCCUCGACCAGCGGCGUGCUGGAGGACGGGCGUCGUACUCGCGGCCAACAGAAUGGAACUUGAGGAUUUUUAUACAACUGAGUCAUUUCUAAACCAAAACAAGUUUUUUGUAUGUGUGAUUGUGCGGUGCAGUAAUGGUGAAUAAAGUGAUCAUCACACCUGGGCAAA